AUGACAAUAAAUUCUCCCCCUUCUGAUACUGAGGUUUCUGCACUUGAAAACAAAAAUCUGGGGCGUAUUACGCAAAUAAUCGGUCCGGUACUCGAUAUAGUUUUUCCACCAGGGAAGAUGCCUUAUAUUUACAACGCUCUGAUAGUUCAAGGUCGAGAUACGGUUGGCCAACAAAUUCGCGUAACUUGUGAAGUACAUCGAUUAUUAGGAAAUAAUCGAGCUAGAGCUGUAGCUAUGAGUGCUACAGAUGGUCUAAAGAGAGGAAUGGAAGUGAUUGACACAGGAGCUGCUCUAAGUGUUCCAGUCGGCGGAGCAACCCUAGGUCGAAUUUUCAACGUGCUUGGAGAACCCAUAGAUAAUUUGGGUCCUAUAGAUACUCGCACAACAUCUCCUAUUCAUAGAUCUGCGCCUGCCUUUAUACAGUUAGAUACACAAUUAUCCAUUUUUGAAACAGGAAUUAAAGUAGUCGAUCUUUUAGCUCCUUAUCGCCGUGGCGGAAAAAUAGGACUUUUCGGUGGAGCUGGGGUAUGUAAAACAGUACUCAUUAUGGAAUUGAUCAAUAACAUUGCCAAAGCUCAUGGAGGUGUAUCUGUAUUUGGCGGAGUAGGUGAGCGUACUCGUGAGGGAAAUGAUCUUUAUAUGGAAAUGAAAGAAUCCGAAGUAAUUAAUGAAAAAAAUAUUGCAGAAUCAAAAGUCGCUUUAGUCUAUGGUCAAAUGAAUGAACCCCCCGGAGCUCGUAUGAGAGUUGGUUUAACUGCCCUAACUAUGGCAGAAUAUUUCCGAGAUGUCAAUGAGCAGGACGUCCUUCUAUUUAUCGACAAUAUCUUCCGUUUUGUCCAAGCCGGAUCCGAAGUAUCGGCCUUAUUGGGCCGAAUGCCUUCCGCUGUGGGUUAUCAACCGACCCUGGGUACUGAAAUGGGUACUUUACAAGAAAGAAUUACUUCUACCAAAGAAGGGUCAAUAACUUCUAUUCAAGUAGUUUAUGUACCUGCAGACGAUUUGACCGAUCCUGCUCCUGCCACGACAUUUGCACAUUUGGAUCCCUAG